AUGAUCUCUUUCGACUUGCAGCAGCAUUUUAACGUCAACCGGCUCCUUUUGCUAGGUAUUGGCUUAUGGCCUUAUUGGCAAACGAAGCUUGCUCGGAUUCAGAUAAUCUUAAUUUCUGGUAUCCUAACAAGCUUUAUUUUAUUACAGUUCGCAACGUUCAUAACUGCAAAAUGUACUCUGGACCUUGUCAUUAAUAUUUUAUCCAUAACGUUGAUUUUCGUCAUUCAUCUUACUAAAUACAGCACGUUUCUCAUCAAAAUCCAAAAUGUGAAAUAUUUGUUGAAUCAACUUGAACGAAUCUGUAGUAAACUAAGGAACAAAAAGGAAAUCGCUAUUAUAGAAAAUAAUGCAGUUGUUAUGAAACGUUAUAUCAUUAUAUUUUCAUUGCUAUCAAUAUCCUACUUAAUUAUGAUUAAUCUCCUGCCAAUGUGGCCGCGCGUGCUUGGUAUCUUCUUGCUUAUAAAUGAUACCCAACCGCGACGAAUCAUGCUGAUCAUGAAUGAAUAUAUUCUCGAUCAAGAAAGGUACUUCUAUGUCAUUCUGCUGCACACAAACGCAACUCUCUGUAUAGGGGCGUUCAUAGUCCUAGCAAUCACAGCAAUGAUCAUGGGAUAUUUGCAGCAUAUCUGCGGAAUGUUCAGAAUAGCCAGUUAUCGUAUAGAACAAGCAAUGGAUAUUAAUGUUUUACAAAAUAUUAGUCCAAAGGAUGAAAUGAUGAUUUGUAAGAAAAUAGUUUAUGCUGUGGACAUUCAUCGCAAAGCUCUUAGCUUUUCCAAAAUCACUAUAUCCACGUUCGAGGGUAUGUUCUUUUUAUUAUUAGUAUUUGGUGUCAGCUGCAUGAGUCUCAAUCUUUAUCGCGUUUUUCAGAUCGUAACGUUUGAAUUCAACAUCGAAGAACUUACGUUACAUAUCACAUUUAUAUUUACCAUUCUUUUAUACAUAUUUUUAAUAAACUAUGCUGCGCAGGAAGUUACGAAUUGCAAUGAGCACGUAUUUGAAACAGCGUACAAUAUGCGUUGGUACGUAACUCCAAUACACAUACAGAAGAUGAUCCUGUUUCUAUUACAAAAUGGCACCAAAGCUUUCACUUUGAAUCUCGGCGGUGUGUUCGUGGGAUCUUUAAAAAGUGCAUUCUCGUUAGCGAGUACCUCCGUAUCUUAUUUCACCGUCCUUUAUUCCACGGCACUAUAACAAGAAUUAUC